UGAUAUUCCAUCCUCGCCAUUUUGCAAUGUGGGGAGAGAGAGGCCACUUUUUAUGGCUAACGAAUAAAACAAAGUAGUUUUAUGUGCUGAGGACAAAGAGCGCUGAGCCUUUCUGUGUCAGUCAUGGAGGAGAUCAGCAAUGUCGCUGUACUCAUCACACACUCCUCCACUGCCUCCUCGUCCUCAUCUACUCCAUCAGCGCUGCAGUCCCUCUCUCAAACCCAAACCCAGCAGGACGUAAAGAAGGACACCUUCCAGAGUUUUCAGCAGAAACAAGCUCCCGAUUCUCUCAUACAGGUGAUUGAGAAGCUCAGCAAAAUUGUGGAGAAGCGUCCCCAGCGCCGCUGCAACUUGGGGGGACAGAAAAGAGCAUUCCAACAGGCCUCCUCUGCACGGGGAGGAGGAGGAGGAGGUGAGGACGGGGCGAGGGGGAGCAGAGGAGGCUCUCCCAAUAAGAAACUGAAGAGGAACUGUAAGGAGGAGGACAGCACAGAGGAGGUGAGAUUAGAUGGCAGCACAGUUGAUGGUGCUGUUUCUCCACCUGUUUCAGGUGACAGUAACAACAACAGCAUCGCCUCCACGGUAACAGAGGUAGCUGGUAACCCAAACAGCAGCAACAACAAGCGGACAGUAACAUGCUAUCAGUGCAGCCUGUGCCCUUAUCUCUCCCAGACACUGCCCUUGCUCAAAGAGCACCUGAAGCAACACAAUGAGCAGCUCAGUGACCUCAUCCUCAUGUGCUCCGAGUGUCGCUUUACCUCCAGAGACCACAGGCAGCUGGAGGCUCACGUCAAGCUGCACUUUGACAACGGAGGCAACCUGAAGAGGAAUUCCACUCCGUUGGAUACCUGCAGUGAGGUGAAGGAAGAGGGUUUAAGAAAGCAUAAAGGGGACUGGACUGGGGGCGGUGGCAGUAUAGGGACAGAGGUGGUUAAAAGCUCAGUGGACAGUACCAAAGCGCUACCACAGAAGAAGAAAUGGUAUAGCCAUGAGGAGUAUGGAUUGUAUCGCUGCCUGAUCUGCAGCUACGUGUGCAGCCAGCAGCGAAUGCUUAAGACCCAUGCCUGGAAGCACGCUGGCCUGGUCGACUGCUCUUACCCCAUCUUUGAGGAUGAAGACGGGGCUCCAACGACGAGAGACUCCCAGGCUGCAGCUAACACUGCCGCAACCAGCGAGGAAGUAGUUGUUCUUUCCCCAGCUCUUCAAGAUAAAAGCCUGCAAAAGCUCCCCACUGCCUUCAAACUCCAGCUCUGUGUGCCAUUGGCUGUUGACAAUAAACAGGAUGUGUUAAAUCAUCCGGUCUCCGAUCUUACUGAAAGUCCAAAAACAGCAGCGGAAGAGGAGGAGAGUGUGUAUCCUAUCAAAGAGGAGCCCAUGGUGGAGGUGCAGGUGACGACGGAGGCAGAGACAGAGGUUGAGAUAGAUAGUCACCAUGAUAGUACCUCUAUCACGGACAGCUUACUGUCAUCGGCACAGAAAAUCAUCAACAGCAGUCCCAACAGUGCUGGCCAUAUCAAUGUGAUUGUAGAACGCCUUCCCUCAGCUGAGGACUCAGUCAUGGCCGCUAACCCACUACUUCUUAGCCCACACGUGGACAGGGACAAGAACUUACUGGAUGCAGAGGAAGUAGAGCGGGACCUCGUGGGUGCUGUGAAGGAUGAGGUGGUCCUCGACUGCAGUGCAGGUGCUGCUGACAGCCAGCCAUUAGGAGCUGAUCUUAAGUCUUCUGUUGCUAAAAGUAGCAAUGCUCCAAGGGAUGAAAACAUUCCCCCAGCUGGUCGAAAGCGGACACAUUCUGAGUCCCUCCGCCUGCACUCACUGGCUGCUGAGGCCCUGGUAACUAUGCCUAUGAGGACCCCUGAACUCCCCACCUCCAGCACCAAGGUAAGCCUCAAGACUAUAGCAGCCCAGGCACCGUGCCAGAACAUGGGCCAGAAACUGGUAGAGGUGACUACAGCUGGACAGAAGGCUUCUGACAUGGAGACAACAGCAGCUCUAUUGGACUUGGAGCUUGAUAGUGAGGACAGAGAGGAAGAGUUGGGGUCCCUGAGCCUUGGGGAGGUAGACGAGGAAGGUCCUGCCACUAAAGCAGGCAUCAGCCUGUCACUGCUCACCGUCAUCGAAAGACUUCGAGAGCGCUCAGACCAGAACACCUCUGAUGAGGAUAUCUUAAAAGAGCUUCAGGACAAUGCACAGUUCCAUAACGGAGCCAUGGCCGGUGUGGUUACAGGGAACGGAGCCGGGAGCUACAUGUGUACCAUCCCGGGAAUGGACGGGUUGGUUGCAUCUCCUGAUGGUGGUCUGGUGGACUACAUUCCCGGCAGUGACAGGCCAUACCGAUGCCGCCUAUGUCGCUACAGCAGCGGCAAUAAGGGCUACAUUAAGCAGCACCUACGGGUGCACAGGCAGAGGCAGCCGUAUCAGUGUCCCAUCUGUGAGCACAUCGCCUCAGACAGUAAGGACCUGGAGAGCCACAUGAUCCACCAUUGCAAGACCAGGACGUACCAGUGCAAGCAGUGCCCAGAUGCCUUCCACUAUAAGAGUCAGUUAAGAAAUCAUGAAAGAGAGCAUCAUAGCUUCAGCAGUGACACGGCAGACCUCACACCCGUCACUGAAACUGUGGCCACAGUGGAGGAAGGUGAGCGGGUAACAGAGGAAGAAUGUGGUGUUCAGAAGAUGUAUAAGUGUGACGUGUGCGACUACACCAGCUCUACAUAUGUUGGAGUGAGGAACCACCGGCGGAUUCAUAACUCCGACAAGCCUUAUCGGUGUUGUAGCUGUGAUUUUGCCACCACCAACAUGAACAGUUUAAAGAGCCACAUGAGGAGGCACCCUCAGGAGCACCAAGCUGUGCAGCUGCUGGAGCAGUACAGGUGCUCUCUGUGCGGCUACGUGUGCAGUCAUCCUCCGUCGCUCAAAUCCCACAUGUGGAAGCACGCAGGAGACCAGAACUACAACUACGAGCAAGUUAACAAAGCAAUUAACGAGGCCAUCUCCCAGAGCAACCGAGCUCCUCAGAAGUUGUCCGCAGUGCUGGAGUCGGUGGCAGAACGCCCUGCAGUGGCCCAGCCCUCAAAGGAAAAAGUCAAGGGCCCCAUGGAGCCAACGCCAACACUGACGACGACAACAACAACUGCAGUUGACCUGGCUGCGGACAGCUCAGCUGUUCUUCCCGCACCCACCACAGACCCUUCACAGUGGCCCGGUGAAUCCGCGAGCCCCCAGGGGAAGGACCCCACACAGCUCAACCCUCAGUCCCAGAGCCAGCCGCGCACAUGCCAGGCCCCUGUCCCGGGCACCAGCAUGGAAUACUGUGUGCUCUUGUUCUGUUGCUGCAUCUGUGGCUUCGAGUCCACCAGUAAGGAGCGGCUGAUGGAGCACAUGAAGGAGCAUGAGGGAGACAUCAUCAGCAUCAUCCUCAACAAGGAGCAGCAGCAGCAACCAGAAGUACAAGCAAGCCUCCAAACUGCAGAGUGAGACCUCCCCUCCCCUCCCUCUCUAUAUCUUAACACUGACCCUGUGCUCUUACAGCGAUCUGCUGCCCACAGAAGUAUUUCAUAAUGUUUCUUUACCUCAAAGUGGUUCUGGUGGAAAUCAAGUUGUGACCGUUUGACAUCUACUUUACAAUAGUAGCUAACUCUCCUGUCAUUUGUCAGCACGCUCCGUGGUUAGGUCGGCCAUGGUGUCGGAGAGUUACAACUGUAAGGCUGCGACAACUGCUGUCCGAUGCAGACACCUUGAACAGGUGUCAAGAAAAAUGAUGAAAUGAUUUUCUGAGUGGCAUAUCCUUUGAAAGGAAUGUUUAAAAAAAAAAAAAAAAAAACAUAAAACAAUGUUAUAAGCUGUUUAAUAUUUGUAUCAAAUAAUUUGACAUUGGAGACACAAAGUGUGUCUGUAGGGAAGCAGUGUUGACUUCAAGGGAAAAGCCCGAGCUCAAACCCAAGUUAGAUUUUUCACUCUACAGGGACAAGUUCAUACCUCACAAAACCACACAAUCCCUCAGUAGAAAAAAUAUUCACACAUUUUCCAGUCUAAUUCAUAUAUUGACUAUAAGGCAGCUCUUUUAUUGCUACUGUAAUAUUUAACGUAUUUAAUUCGACACCGUUGAGGCUCUAGCCUUGUUAAGGAGGUACAUGUGCAAACUCACCAAUGCCUCGAGGCAUGUAUCAUAGCUUGAAUAUGAUUUAAUAUUUAUCAAGGUUUUAUGCAUGUUAGUCUCCGUUAUGCCAGUUAAGAGAGGCAAAUGUUUAUCGUUAUUUGCAUCUUUUUUUGUUUUUGUUUGUAUGAGUGACUGUAAUUUUUACUUGUUGGAUUAUAAAGUAGCGGGAGAAAGUGAUAGUUCUCGGAGGAGGUGUGGAAGUCGAUUAGAGAAAGCAGAACUCGGUCUUUGAUGAGUGGUCUUCUGGAGACAGAGGUCUUUGGUUUUGGCUGACAAAAGGAAUGAUUAAAAGGGAAGUUAGCGUAGGUAGGGCUGUUGUUGUUUUAAUUGUAAGGUGCCUGGAUAUUUGAGAGCAGGAAUAUGUUGUAUUGAAUCAGACACACCUGUUUUCACAUGUGAUUGUGGUGCUAGGCACACUUUGAUAGUUGUCAUUGAAGGUAUAGUCUUUUUUUUUUAUAGCCCAUGGAAUUUAUGUUGUAUAUAAUAACAUUUUUAUAAUUAUUAUUACUUUUUUUUUUUUUUUUUGUCAGCAUUUUUAAAAUACAAACUUUCUAGUGUCAAACACAACUUGAAAUGACUGCUGUCCCAGCUGAAAUACAUGCCUGAAAUAAGAAGACGUGGAUGUUAAAAUAAAAGUUUGGAAGGUGACAUGUUUUUGAGGUUUCUUGGCAGAGUCCAGGAGUGUAAUAUAAUAACUGCAGCGCUGAUAUAAAAACAUUCACCCUGGCUCAGUGUAACAACGAUAAAACAGACAAGUCGAUCAAUGAAGGCUUCAUGUUAACUGUGAUUGAUUGUCUCAUUUUCAUACACAAUGAAUGGCAACAAAUGGCUUUUUCUCAAAGGAAAACAUUUGAACUUGUCGCCCAGAAGCUUUUUACGACAACUAAAAUAUGUCUGGCACUUUAAUGUUAAAUCACGUUAAACUAACUGUGCCAUUCGUUCAGGACACAAAUGAGAGAAAUGGCCGAGGCUUUCAUGUUGAAGACCACAGAGCCUUAUACAGGAGAACGUUUGUGUUUCUGCUACAUGAACCCAUCAGGAUCACAUCAAAACAUCCAAAAUUAACAGAAAAUUAAAUCAGAUUGAAGAUAAGGUUUAUUCUUUUAAACCCCAGUCUCAGGUUUCAACCCUUCAGACGUCACUAUGUUACGUUAAUUCAUCAGUAUGCCAUCCCUCCCUUACAACCACACAGACAGAAACAGGAAAUUAAGAUAAAAUGGAAUAUCCAUAAUUCAUGCCCCCCCGCCUUACAUAACAACUCGCAAUUGUGUCUGCGCGUGUGUGUGUGUGUGUGUGUGUGUGUGUGUGUGUGUGUGUGUGUGUGUGUGUGUGUGUGUGUGUGUGUGUGUGUGUGUGUUUGUGUGUGUGUGUGUGUCCCUUUGUGUGUGUCUCUGCACGUGUGUGUGUGUGUGUGUGUGUGUGUGUGUGUCUCUGCACGUGUGUGUGUGUCUGUGUGUGUGUCUGCACGUGUGUACGUGUGUGUGUUGCGUAGUGAGUAAAACUAAAUUAAAUCUCUAUCUCAAAGACCUGCUACCUGGGCUGGAAUUCUCAUUAUCAUAGCAGAUAAUUAUUGUCUGGCUUUUAAUUUACAAUUCUACGUGGCAGAAUUAAGGAGGAUGGUGACAUUUCUGAAAUAAAAAAAAAAGAAAAAAAGUGGGGCUUCAGUGUCCCUCCCAUCGGAUUAACAUGGCAUGCAUUUAAAUGAGCAGCGAGAAUAAAAGCCUGGACCACAGACACACCUCACCCCACGCCUCUCAUUUCUAUUAUAUGGGAUCUUCCAUUAAUCUGACAGCUCGUAAUUAUUCAGUUCCACAAAUGAAUAAAUGAACACUGUGUUAAAGGAUAAAUUUGGUUUAACCUGGAUUUUAUUUCCAUACUUGUGAUGAUCAUUUCUAUGGGCCAGUAACACUGUACUCACCUGGUUAAUGUCGGAGUAAGGUUUUCACAAAAAAAAAAAAAAAAUGCUGCGCUCUCACUGCCUCAAAUGUGCAACAUACUAACAUUACUGUAAGGCUUUUCCAUUAAACACAGUCACAGGCCUUUAAGGUGUCAAAUCUAAAAUGCUUUGUGUGAUUAUUUGUGCAGCAUGGCUCACUAGCUUCCUUCAUGUUGCAUUAGCAUAGAAAACAGUUAUAGCCUCACCUUCAAGCACAGUUACACAAACGUCUUAGGAAGGGAAACCAAAGUGUCCCUUGUAAUCAUCCGUGAGUUUACAGCCCAACUUCCUGGUUCAACUGACCCUCUCUACUUACCGUAGUUGUGAGUGCACAGUUCGCAACAGUAUUUUGGGUGCGCUCAUGUUUGGAUUUAGGUUUGGUACAAAUAAAGUGUUUUUGAUAAUGUCACUCAGCUGUUAGUUUGAUUAUAACUUGACUAAUUGUGUUUCUUGCUGCUUGUACUAUGUUGUGGUAAUGAACCCCAUGUUCUCAACAAUUAGGCCGGUAGUUUUUUUCUUAUUUUCAACAAAUCCCUUAAGAUUUGGUGGGUACAGUGUUAUCAUAAUCAAUAGAAAUGAUCGCUAAAUCUACAAAAAAUAAAACCCAAUUUAGGUACUAAACGCACAGAACUUAUGACUGUACAGUAAUGUGUUAACUGGGAAUAACAUAAUCGCUUGACACUGUGCAAAUAAUACAUUUUAGUUCAAGUUUCACAGCAAACCAAGCACUGCAGUGUCAGUCAGACCUGGAAGAUUUAGUAGUCAUGUACCACGGCCUUUUAUACUGAUUCCAAGAAAGCUCAUGACAACAGUUCCAAGUAGUUACCAUGGUGGUAAAUGGAUGUAGGUCAAGUGGGAUUUUGUGGGCAGUGUUGUGUCCCAUUCGGUGUCAGAGAUUGCAAAAGUGUGUCAACACAGCCUGCAGACACUUCAAGCAUGAAAGCAAGUGUGUGGUUACCUCUUUCAGACCAUCCCUGUUCACUGUAGCUACAAUUCCUUAUUCAGUUAUAAUUCACACCACAGCUACAGACACAUAAAUCUGUGCCAUAUGAGGUGAUUUAAAAUAGGAAAAACUGUCUUUUGUUGUAGUUGUGCCUUUAUUUGUCGGGAGCUAAAAGUUUGACCUCUCUGCCAAAACUCAGAUAUCAGUCAGAUAUCCAAAUGUUCUUAUUUUAAUGGUCAGUCAGUUAUAUUCAAGUGGGAGCAAAAAUCUUGAUCACCUCAGUAGGUUUUCCAUAGACGCAAAUCUACAUUUUCUUUUUUAUUUAGCAGUUUGUUUGAAGCGAGAAACAACAAACCAAGUAUCUGAAAAAGCCCUUUCAUAUAUUACCACUAGCUCUUUUAGCUAGUAAUGAGCUCAAACACUUGGUAAUGUAUUUUUAAGUAUGUACAUAUGUAGAUGAAGACUGCAAAACCUAAAACUGACUUUUUUUUUUUUUUAAAGAGAAAAUCUAUUUUUAAUAAUAAAAAAAACAAACAAUUGAGGUAAAAAAAAAAAAGUUUUAGAUUGAAUUUUGGUUCUGUUCUUAUUUACACCCAGUCUGUUUGAGGGAACUGAAAGUUUUAAGCUAAAUGAGCCGAGUAUAUUUAAACCAAAGGACGUGGAAACGUAUAACAUGUCUGUCCUGAUCAGUGUAUUUUCACUCAUACUCAAUUUUGUAAUGGAGUUUCAACAUUGAAUUGUCUCAGACAGCAGUGUGAGGUUUGCUUUAUGUUUAUUUAUUUCUAGGACAUCAUAGGCGGUAUAAUGUCACUACUUUGCCAUUGUAUUUUUGGUAAUAAAGGCUGAGAAAAAAAAUGA